CCGCCCGCACUCCUGGCAUUCAACCAAAUUUUCAGAGAACCAACCCGAUCUCAGCAUGAUGCAAAUAUCUCCGGGUACGCUUGGCACCCCUUGGCAUCAGACCUACCACUCCAGCUCAUCCACCAGCGAUCUCUCUGGUUACGAGCAUGGCUAUCUGAGGAGAAGUCCUGACCAGUACAGCUCCCGGGGAAGCAUGGAGAGCUUGGACCACUCCUCCCCUGGCUACCACCCUUGUCACCUGUCCCCAGCCAAGUCCACCAACAGCAUUGACCAGCUCUCCCACCUCCACAGCAAGAGAGACUCAGCCUACAGCUCCUUCUCCACCAACUCCAGCAUCCCCGAGUAUCCCGCUGCUCCCUUCAGCAAGGAGCACUCCUGCUCCAUGGACAACAUGCACUUCCGAGGCGGCGCGCAGGAGGGCAUGAGGCAGGCUGACAUCAGGUACAUCAAGACGGUCUAUGACGCGCAGCGAGGGGUCUCCGAGGAGUACGAGGUGAAGUCCCCUGCUUUGCUUCCGAGCUCCGAGGGCCGGUCGCUGGCAGACGGCCGCAGCCACGGCCGGCUCCAUGGCUUCAGCCGGCACAGCGCGGCUCCCUGCUGGGCGCAGCCAGGCCGGAGCUCCCCAGAUGCUGAGAGCCAGCCACACAAGGGACCUCCCUUGCCACCCGCUCGCAGCGACAGCUACGCAGCCAUCAGGCAUCACGAGAGGCCCGGCUUGUGCCCGGGCCUCGAUCCCAGUAAGCCUGGUCGAAGCCAGCCAAAAGGGGCCUGGCCUCCCCUUGUCAGCAACUUCUCCCAGGGGCCGCUGCUGAAGGCCCCGUUUGGAGAUGGGCAUCUGCACACCGUGGUGGAAAAGAGCCCGGAGAGCAGCCCCACGGUGAAGCCCAAGCAGAGCUAUUCACCGUCGGCCCAGCCGGGGCAGCCCCUGUUGCCUACUGGUGUCUACCCAGUCCCUUCCCCAGAGCCGCACUACGCCCAGGCGCCGCAGCCUUCUGCGAGCAGCAACGGGACCCUUUACCCAGCUCUGGCCAAAGAAAGCGGCUACCCUGCACCUCUUCCAGGCUCCUACGACAAGGCCGUCGCCAGCAGCCCCCUGGACUUUGAUGAGAAUGGAAACCAAAGCACUACCAACAGGUCGACUGUUUUUUACCAGCCUCCAGCCGCUGAGCGAAAGCAGGAUGCGGCAGCGAAACUCGUGCAGCACAAACCGGCUGGCGCCGCGGGCCCAGACGCCUACCUGACCAUGGCGCGGAAGGAGGAGCUGCUCCCCCCGUACAAGGCGGUACAGGUGCCCACGGGGCGGGAGGGCAGCAGCACCGCGCAUGGCCCGGCCCCGCCGCCGCCAGCGAGGGCUGCCGGCGAGGGAAAAGCACGUUACCAGCCCAAAGAGGACUGGGCAGCCAAACCCCAGGAGGACAAAAAUGGCAACCCACAGCAAAACGAGAGAGAUGCUGCAGCUCAGCCCCCCUGGCCUCACAGCGGGGACAAGCACCAUGGCUGCUCCUCCUUGCAGAGCAUCCCAGGCAGCUCCGAACUGAAAGAGAUGCCACCCAGUGAGGGUUAUUCCAGCACCAAACUGUCCUUUCUGAGCAGCAGUGGUAAAGAGGAGAAGGAUCCCAGGGCACAGGGGCACAAGCAGUUCGGUGAUGUGGAGCCGCAGGCCCUCGCGAGGCUGGGGGAGGCCAGCACGAGCGCAGUACCCUUCCACGCUGCUGAGCCAAAGGAUGAGGAGCCCCCUUCCCCACAGCACACAAAGACCUCAGAUUUUGGAAGGAGCCGGCUGAGCUCUGGCAGCACCCAGAGCUUCCCCUACGGCAAACCAGACCCCAGCAAGCUCCGCUGCUCUGUGCUGGAGAAGGUCAGCAAGUUUGAGCAGCGAGAGCAAAGUUCCCAGCGGCCCCAAAGCGCAGGGCUCCCCUCCUUCGGCCGGGGCUGGCGGGAGGCCGGCCAGCUGCCCGAGGAGCCAGGCAGGGGCUCCAGCCCCUCUGGCGGGAGCGGGAAGCCCGAAGAGCCUGACUGGCGCCCUGGGGAGCUGCAAAUGGCGACCGCAGCGAAGGAGCCCAGAGCGAGUGAGUACUACGACGUGUGCGCCGAAAAUGAGACGCAAGGGAGGGUGGCUCAGCUGCCGAGGAGCAGAAGCACGUUCCAGCUGGGAGGGGAGCCGGAGAAGGAGCUCCUCUGGAAGGAUAACGUCCAGGAUGCCCAUGGCUCGCAGGUGGACUCGCCGUUCAACAGGGCUUACAGGAACAGCAUUAAAGAUGCUCAAUCCAGGGUGCUGAGGGCCACAUCCUUCCGGCGCAUCAGCCCCCCAUUUGGGAGUGCCCCCAAGAGGGUGACCCAGAGGCCUGCGUCAGCCCACUUGGGCAUGAGGAGCGUGGCGUCCUCUCCCCACACACCCAAGGAGCGGCACAGCGUCACGCCAACAGAAGGCAGCCUCUCCGCGCUGGACUACGCCAGGGCGCAGCACGUCUCGCGCAUCGGGGGCCGCAAGCGGCUGACAGCAGAGCAGAAGAAGAGGUCUUACUCGGAGCCAGAGAAGAUGAACGAGGUGGGCGUCUCUGAUAGCGAGCCGUCACCUUUCUUACUCCAGAAAAAAGGCCUCUAUUUCGUCUUCCCAGAGAAUACGGUGGCUGACCGGCGUAAGAUCUUUGAACGGGACGGCAAAGCUUCCUCCACGGCCAGCCUCUCCAAGCCCGAGCUCAAGCAGCUCCAGCAGAAUGCACUUGCUGACUACAUCGAGCGCAAGACGGGCCGGCGGCCGUCCUCUCAAGAUGCGGGGCUGCUGCGGGAGCGCUCGCACAGCUCCUAUCUGCAGCCCGGCGGCCCGGACAGCCAGAGCCUCUCCUCCGCCUCCAGCAUGAACUCCCUGCAGGACCACAACCUCUACCGCCGCAGGGAGUCUCUGGAGCGGAUAUCCAGGACGGGGCGGAUAUCUUCUACCCUUCCUCCUGGCUUGAUGGGGUGCUUCGACCUCAACGGAGAUGAGCACAAGAAAGGGCGCCGUGACAGUUCAAUCCUAAACCAGCCCAGAACGGACAGGUGCCGGGAUUACAGAGCCCAAACGGAGCACGCCAAAGGCACGCACACAGACACUCUUGGCCUGCAGGGCCAGCCUCGCCGUGGGAAGCAGGAGCCGGUCUUGGAAACACCUUCCUCUGCCAGGAAAUCUGGGAAAUCGGUGUCUGUGGAAGACUUGCUUGAUAGAUACGACAAUCAGUCAGUCACAGUGCAUAUACGCUCGAGGUCGUCUCCCACUCCCAUAGCAGUGAAGAAACACCAGGACCUGCUGAGAAGGGAAGCCAGUGAAUUUGGCCCUGUGGUGAGAGAUCCUUUCUACGUGAUCAGUGCAGGAGCCAGGUCUGUCGGCAGGAAGGAAAGAAGCCACUCAGAAAAAAUGACAUUCACAAGCUAUUACCCUCAUCCUCAGCACAACUGUGAGGCCGGUGCCAGUUCCUCUGCACUUACUGAGAGCCACAAGGUCUCAGAGUUUUCCAGGCAGGAUAGCAGGACUUCUGCAUUUAUCCCAUCCCCGACAGAGGCAAGGAGCCACUACCCUGAACAAAAACAGGGCUUUAAACCCCUGUUCCUUGACCUUAGUCCUUCUGGAUCUGGUCAGUCUGCGCCUCAUAAGUCCACCCAGGCAGCCUCGGACUUGCACACAGCGGGAGACGGCCAGGUUCCGAGGCAGCAUCAUGCCAAGCGAGACGCCCUUACCGCUGAGGGCGGCAGUGAUAUCCAGGGACAGCCUUUGGCCGCUGUCCAGGAUAGAUCCCCUGAGACUCCCACAGAAGAAGUCAUGUGGAGAAGGAAAGCUGGGCUGCCUCAUAGAUCCCUGCCUACCAAAGUGACAUGGGCCCAUUCGGUCAAGGAUGGCAGCUUCCCCAGGGCCAUAGUGUCUCCUCCAGCAGCUGGGCCGAAGCUCUCCCAGAGGUGGCAGUACCUGCCGACACAGAGCAGCACUUCCUCUGACCCAGAGACUCCUUCUCCCCACGGGAUAAACCCUCUCCGCAUCUCAGAGUCGUGCCUGCAGCUUACUCCACCCCCAGUGCUGCAGGAUGAUGAAGAUGAUGAGGUGUUUGUCCCUCCUGCCCAGCCUGGUGUUGGUGCUCAACCCUUCUCAUCCCCUCUGCCACCCCAUCCUCUUCCCGAGCUGAGCCCUUGCACUUCAACAAACGGCACGCAGGAAUUCGCACCUCCUGCCCCUGCAGCAGCCCUUGAGGGGAACGGGGCAGCUGCAGACAAAUCCGCCAGGCUCUCGGAGGAGGCCAAAGCGAGUAACUCCCGAAGUUUUCCCAAAGCCUUGGUCGAGAAAGAGCUUGGACUGGGCACCAAUAUCGGUGAAAAUAAUGGGCCUGCAUCAAAGAGGACUAGCUCUCCGUCUGCUGUGGAUAAGCAGCACCAGUUAGUUGCAUCUUCUGAGGGGCCUCAAAGCUCUCAUAGACAAUCCACAACUCAACCCGAAGGCAAAAGCAGAGAGUCAGCAGUCACUGCUGGAGAGUCGGAAAAUGGCAGCCUGGACUCCAGGACACUCAGCCCGGCAUCUCCAGUGAAGGCAACAAAAAAGACCCCAGAGGAGAUCAAGUCAGAGGCUCUAGCAAAAGAAAUCAUCCAUAAAGAUAAGUCUCUGGCUGAUAUCCUGGACCCAGAUGCCAAAAUGAAGACAACAAUGGACUUAAUGGAAGGGCUUUUCCCCAGUGGAACCAGCUUGCUGAAGGAGAACAACAUGAAAAGGAAGAUGUCACAGAAAACAGCUAUUCGGACAGCUCCCGAAGAUGACAAGAAAGAAAAGGAAGUGCCUGUAACUCUGGUCCCCUGCCCUGCUUAUUAUAACGUUUCAGCACCCAAAGCAGAACUGCUGAAUAAAAUCAAAGACUUGCCAGAAGAAGCAGGUGAGGAAGAGGAGUUGCUAGACAUCAACGAAAAAAAGGCUGAGCUCAUCAGGAGCUUGACUCAUAAGCUGGAAAUCCUGAAAGAUGCCAAGGAAGGCCUGCUUGCAGACAUAAAGAUGAAUAACGCUCUCGGAGAGGAGGUGGAGCAGCUGAUCAGCGAGCUAUGCAAACCCAAUGAGUUUGACAAAUACAAGAUGUUCAUUGGAGACCUGGAUAAAGUGGUGAACCUCUUGCUCUCCCUCUCAGGACGCCUGGCCCGGGUAGAGAACGUUUUGAGUAGUCUAGGGGAAAAUGCCAACAGUGAAGAGCGGAGCUCUCUGAACGAGAAGAGGAAGCUGCUGGCUGGCCAGCACGAAGACGCCCGGGAACUAAAGGAAAACCUCGACCGUCGAGAACGCGUGGUCUUGGAGAUCCUGAGCAACUACCUCUCGGAGGAGCAGCUCCAGGACUACCAGCACUUUGUAAAGAUGAAGUCUGCACUUCUCAUAGAGCAACGAGAGCUUGAUGAUAAGAUCAAACUGGGUCAGGAACAGCUCAAGUGCCUGAUCGAAAGCCUCCCCCCAGACUUCACGCCCAGGGACGCAGCAGCAGCGGCUGCCCUAGCUGCAGCACUUGCUACCUCUGCCGGGGUCGGCGGUAAAAUGCCUCCAGUGGUCUCAUCCUCUCUCUAACCUUUUCCCGAUGGACCGGUGGUAAAAUCCUCCUGCCUGAGUCUGUUUAACCCAAGUACUUUGCAGAAAGUUCUCUACAGUGACAAUGAAUGGAGAGAGGCUUAAAACGAG